CACAGGGAGAGCACCGUGCUUGAAAAGAGAGAAGCGUUCGAAGGACGGAGGGAACCCGAUUCUCGUCAUCCGCCAUGUCAGCAGCGAGGGGACAAGCAGCUCUGCAGCGUCUCAACUUGAACCACUACGCCACUAAGAAGACGGUGGCUGAAAGCAUGCUGGACGUGGCCCUGCUCAUGGCCAACGCUUCUCAGCUGAAAGCCGCGCUGGAACAAGGGCCCGGGUUCAAGUACUACCUGCCCGUGAUCGUGCUCAUCUCAGUCUCGCUUUUCUUCCAAAUGCUCGCUGGGGUUUUCUUCAUCCUCAUGGCACGUAAAGAUAUCAAUAUCGUCGCCAAUCAAAGAAAGCUGGAUGUAAUGAAUAACAUAGCGACCGCCCUGGUGUUCCUCACCGUCAUCAUUAACAUCUUCAUCACCGCAUUCGGCGUGCAGAAGUCCGGCCUCUACCCUCAGCACUGAUGCACAGAUUACAGACUGGAGGAGAUCGAUCAUCUGGAAGCCUGCACAAGACAUUUUAAAUAAAUAUUAUGCUAAUAAUAAUAACUAAUAAUAAAUAAGUCACCUUCUUGUGCUAUGUUUAUUACUGUUUGCUAUAGAUAAUGCUUUAUAAGAUAUUUUCUAUGUUAUGAAUAAUGAAGCAUUUCAUUUACCUUGUUAAUUUAAGCAUAAUUUAAAUAAAUGAAUUUACUUAUUUUUUUACCUAAACAUUAAAAUCUCAUUUUGCUUUGUAUUUUACCAGAAAUUUGUGCGAGCUGGUAUCAAAAAGUUUUGAGUGUAGUUCUGUAACACGCCAGCAGAUGGCAGCACAAGGCUGCACGCACAUUCACAGGGAGCUUCAUAAGUCAGUGUGCCAAAUGACAUUGUCUUCCGUACAUCAG